AUGAUUACUGUAUUACUAUAUUUUCCAUAUGAACUUAUACCUAUUUAUCAUAAUUAGAAACAAAUUUAGAAAGUUAAAAAUAAUUAAUUUGGGAAGAUGAAACUAAAAAAUUAUUAUUACUGCUAAAUUGAAGUUUAUAUUAAAUUUCAUAAAAAUUGGAAAGGUUUGAAAAUAUCCAAAAAGGAUAGGGCAUUGUAAAAAAUUAAUUUAAUUAUAAUAGAUUACAUUCCCAGUUAUUUUCAAUUAUAAAUUAUAUUUAACAUCAUAUUAAGUAACAAUAUAACCAUAUCCAGAUUUUUCUAUAGAGUUUUAAACCUUAUCAUUGGCAAUAGGAUAUUUUUACUUUUGAUUUUAUGUAUGGCAGUUGA